AUGGCGGCCGUUGUCAAUCGCCGUAUUUUGUUAUUACUGUAUUUAAGACGUCGUAUGCGAAGAUGCAAGAAGUAUAGAAAGCGUUUUUGGGUUAGGCCGAUAUUCGAAAGACGACAACAGCAUGGGGAAUACUUCAGAUUGGUAAAAGAAAUGAAAGAAGAAGAUCACGAAAGCUAUUUUGCCUACUUCAGAAUGCUCCCUCGACAUUUUGAUUUUUUACUAUCUCUGGUCGCGCCUCUUAUCUCUAAAUGCAGCACAAGAAGGGAUGCUAUUUCUCCGUCAGAAAGGCUUGCUUUGACUUUACGUUAUUUGGCGUCGGGUGACAGCCCUCAAAGCUUAUCAUUCAGCUACAGGAUUGGUAUGACAACAGUACAUAAAAUAAUUGGUGAAGUUACAGAAGCAAUUUGGUCUACUCUCUUUAAGAAAGGAUAUAUUAAAGCUCCAGAGAGUUCUUUUGAGUGGGAGAAAGUAGCAGAAGAGUUCGAAAAAAGGUGGAACUUUCCUCACUGUUGUGGAGCAAUGGAUGGAAAGCACAUUAGAAUGCAAGCUCCCCCAUCAGCUGGUAGCAGAUAUUUCAACUAUAAACUGUGGCAUAGUAUUGUCCUACUUGCAGUUGUAUCAGCUGAUUACACUUUUCUCUUGGUUGAUGUUGGUGAUUGUGGUCGUCAUAGUGAUGGUGGUGUUCUGCAGAAUUCCCAGUUUGGUGAAGCACUAGUAACAAAUCAACUAGGUCUACCAUGCCCUAAACCACUUGCUGGUGCCCAUCCAAAUGGAAAGAUUCCUUACAUGUUCGUGGCCGAUGAAGCAUUUCCAUUAAGAUGCAACAUUAUGCGUCCUUAUCCAGGUAAACACCUGACAGAAGAAAAAAGGGUUUUGAAUUACCACUUGUCAAGGGCAAGAAGGAUUGUUGGAAAUGCUUUUGGCAUAGCCGCAUCACGCUUCCGCAUCUUAAGACAAGAAAUUAUUGCCCAUCCGAGCAAAGUGGAAGCAAUUUCCAAAGCAGUGGUUGCUUGGCAUAAUUAUCUCAUUAUUUCUGAGCAACACGUACCUGCUGGAUCUAGGAUGUAUUGCCCACCAGGAUUUGUAGACAAUGAAGACAGGUAA